UAAAAGGUGGCCACAUUUUCCAUCACUCUCGUGUCAAACAUCGUUUGAAGAUUGCUUCUCGUUUCUGAAACAUAAAAGUAUGGAAAUAUGCAGAAAGGUGUGAGACGGAAGAGGCAUGCGUUUGAUCUACCAUGUUACAAAGUGUUCAAAGAGUAUUUGAUAGUUCUGGGACAGUAUCCAAAGCAAUCGGAACGAAGCAAUAAAAUCAAUGUGACUGUGGUGGUUUGCUGUUCGCUCAGCAUUCUUAUUCCGUCAAUAUUCCAGUUCGUGAAGUCCCUUCGAGAAAAGGACAUGGAUACCAUGAUGGAAUGCGUGCCAAUUAUUGCCACAAUAUCGGUUUCAAUAAUCAAAAUAGUAAAUCACAACAUCAACAGGAAAAAGUUUGAAAACAUGUUCGAACACAUGUGUGAACAAUGGGAAAUGUCCGAGUUAAACAAUGAGAUAGACGUUUUGAAUGAAGUCACCAAGGAAGGAAGUAGAAUGGGUACACUAUACAGAAUUAGUAUAUGGGGGGUUUUGGUAAUAUUCCUAUCGAUCCCGUUGUCCUCUCCGGUACUGGACUUCAUUUUAAAAUCGAACCAAACUCGAACAAAGAUACCAUUGUUCAAACUGAACUACCUCAUAAAUACCGAAGACCACUUUUACUACGUGUAUGUGCAUUCGGCUAUUUGUUCACUAGCUGUCUCAUUGGUUAUAAUUGUAAUGGAUUCAUUGUACAUGGUUAUCUUUCAUUAUAUCAGUGGAGUAUUUGCUCUGUGCGGGUACCAAAUUAAAAGAGCAACAGAAAUCAUGGAAACGGAUAGUACUUUAAAAUAUGAGCAUAAAUAUCGUUUGCUCAAACGUUGCCUGAACACUCAUUAUGAAGCCAUCAAAUUUUACGAGUACAUGGACGACAGUACUCGCCUCAGUUAUUUGUUUCAAGUCGGUCUGAACAUGCUGGGAAUUACUUCAACUGCAGUUCAAGCGGUGAUGAACUUUGAUCGUCCACAAGAAGCGUUUAGAAUUGCUAUGUUCCUAUUCGGCCAACAGUUUCAUUUGUACACCUUAAGUUUGCCUGGCCAAGUACUUCUCGAUCGAAGCUCCGAGUUAUCCGAUAAUAUAUACUGUUCCAAAUGGCACGAAAUACCAGUUAAGUAUCAAGUAAUACUGCAUAUAAUGUUAACAAGGUCUAUCAGACCAUGUAAACUGACUGCAGGAGGAUUAUAUGAUAUGAACAUCGAGAGUUUUGGAACGAUGUUCAAGAGCUGCAUGUCAUAUUGUACAAUUCUGUUAUCCUUAAGGGAGUAAUACCACAAUGGAUGCAAAUAAGCGAAUGCUUGCAAAGCUGGCGAGAAAAGCUGCAGACAGUGCUUAUGUUAUAAACGAAAAAGCCAAAAUAACGAAACAUAUUUAGAAGAUAGUGAUAUUCAUAAUAGUAAGCCGUUUAUAUCGUAUUACUAUAGAAUCAAUGUAAAAAUAAUCUGCACAAGAAUAAAAUAAUACUAAUACCUGUAAAGAUAAA